AGGGAAAACAGGAGGGGUCAAAGGCUAUUUUCCAAAGCGCCAUCUUCAUGUCCUGGGUUGCACCACGCUGCUGUGCUUCAGCUUUGGCUACAUUUGGUAUGUGUCCAGUGGUACCUCAAGCAAGGUUUCCGACACAACGAGCAGUAAUACCCAGGACUUUCACAACAUAAAGCGACCAAAGUGGGACCUUUUGUUAAUACCACUUACUGUCUGUUUCAUGAUCACUAACUUGAGCAGCCUUUACUCAUGUGAUAAUUCCCAUUUACUUCAGUGGGACUGCUUGUGUGAAUAAUGAGUAUUCAUGUAUCGGUUUGCAGGUCUGUCUUCCUUGGACUUGUAUUACUUUAAAACCAGUUGUGCUCUAACAAUGUUGUACUUUUGGUAAACUAAACUGCCAAUGGUUUCUUUCUAUUAAAAAACAAACAUGAUAUAUAAUCACAAUGACAUUCAAGAUGCAAAGAUAUUAAGACAGAACUUUUUCUUUAAUAUUUAGAUGCUGGGAAACAUGAAUUAAUUCAAUGAUUUCUUGGACUAGUUACUUUCUAUUGAAUGCUGUCUUUUUGUAAGCCAAACUUCCAUUGUUCUUUCUCUAUAGCAACCAUAUCCUGGAAGAUUUACUACAAAUUGAAUUACCAAGAAUGAUUUACACAAAGCCACAGAUUCUAAAGCCACCGAGAUGUGACGUCCUUAUGAUGACUCCAUGGUUUGCCCCAAUAGUUUGGGAAGGGACCUAUAACUCCGAGAUCCUGAAUGAGGAAUUCCGACAAAGGAAUGUCACUGUUGGACUGACAGUGUUUGCUAUCAAAAAGUAUGUAGUCUUCCUCAAGACGUUUUUAGAAACUGCAGAGACUUACUUUAUGGUUGGACAUAGGGUGAACUAUUACAUUUUCACAGACAGACCAGAAGAAGUUCCUAAAGUUGCGCUCAAAGAAGGAAGGAACGUAGUGGUUCUGCAAGUCCAAAACUACCCUAGGUGGCAAGAAAUCUCUAUGCGACGAAUGGAAAUGCUCAGCUACUUCUCUCAGCAGCGGUUCAUUAAUGAGGUCAGCUACCUUGUGUGUGUUGAUGUAGACAUGAAGUUUAAUGACCAAGUUGGAGUGGAGAUCCUGAGCGACUUGUUUGGCACACUACACCCAGGUUUCUAUGCCGCAGAGCGUCGGUCUUUCACCUAUGAACGUCGACCUGCUUCUCAAGCUUAUGUGCCCAGCGAUGAGGGUGACUUCUACUAUAUGGCAUCCAUUUUUGGAGGAACAGUAAUGGAAGUUUACAAGCUGACCAAGCAAUGCCAUGAAGCCAUCAUGGUGGACAAAGCCAAUGGAAUUGAGGCAAUCUGGCAAGAAGAGAGUCACUUAAACAAGUAUUUUCUUUACCACAAACCAACCAAAAUACUUUCUCCAGAAUAUAUGUGGGACGACAAUCUAGGUAGGCCAGAGAUCCUUAAGAAAAGAAGGUUUCUUGCUGUACGAAAGAAUCAUGCUGCAAUCAGAAAUAAAUGAAGGUAAUCUCAGUUUGCACUAAGCCCGGUCUAACAUAACUGAUAUUGUAGGUUUCCUUGGUUGGUGAAAAUAUACAAACAAUUGGUAAAGCUCCAUAACUUUUUAUGACAUUGCCAGUAUUUCUGGAUAUGGGAAUGGUUUGCAAGAUGUUGCUGUGAUGUUGCUCUCCAUAUGUUUUAUGGAAAUAUGCUAAUGAGUGUGAAUAUAAUGUAAUUGGAAUAUGCUUCAUGCAAAAGGUCUCUUGUAAGGUAUCAUUACAAGGCUUAUAAUCUACUGCAGGGGUCAGCAACCU